AUCACAUUCAUUUCACAACAAGGACUUAUUCGAGUGUUAUUAGAGGCCACACAGUAUGUUACAUGAAGUAUACUGACUGUAGAAAUCAAACAAGAUAUGAUAAAUUCAAUGUUCAGUCUCUUUAAGUGCGUCAGUCCGAUACAUUCUCCACAGACUCUCCCCUUUUCGUCGGUUCCACAGGAUCUUCUCAAAUUUUUCCGCGGGAGUUUUAUGUUGACGUUGAAGCUAGCUCGCUAGUGCCACAUCUCAAGGAUGAGUCGAAUGACCAAAACGCUGCAAAGUAUCAAACAGGAUGUCCAAAUUGAACAUCUCGGAGAAGCAUCCCCCAACCUAUCUUCAAUUGAAAAGGACAGCAUUUUUCAGGAAGACCAGUCUAAUUCCGACGGGAACCCAUUUCACAGUACGGCACUGGAGGAUGACUUUAGUCCUGUACAGGCACAGCAGAAGAUGACGGAAGCGAGGAAAGCGGCUAAAACGGAGACUCCGCGCAGUGACUCGGCCACUCUCAAAAGGGCGAGUACUUCCACACAGGGAAAGGGCAAGGAGAAAGUGUCACAGAGCCAGAGCCCAAUCUUCAUGACUCCGUCUGUGCCAAAACGGUUCGCCAAAUCCAAGGCAGGACCACUGCGGAAGAUCUCAGAGGAGAGUGAGACACAAAGGAAAUCGGCAUCAGGCACUUCAGCAUCGCAGCCCUCGUCAGCAUUGCAGCCCUCGUCAGCAUCGCAGCCCUCGUCAGCUGCAGGAGAAGACUCCAGUGAUUCAAGCGAUCAGGAGACAGACAGUGGGGGCCUGACGAAUGCAGGCAGCGUCUUUUCCCCCCCUGGCAGAAGAAAGAGCCAACCUGUCCGGCGCUCUCGGGGGGAGGUGGCGGAGGGCUCCGGCUUGCAACCAAAGGAGAAGCCUGGAGGGAAGAGGACUUCACAUGGGUCAUCCUUAGCAGGAGCACAGAAACAGGCCAGGAAGUCCAGUGGCAGAGUACCAUUGCAGAGGAUCCCAGAGGAUAUUGAGAUGCAACAAGGGACCUCCGCAUCAGCUGAAGACCCAGAGACGGACGGUGACAGCCUCACGGAUGAGGACAGCGUUUACGCCCCCCCGCCCAGCAAGAAGAAGAGACGGCCUGUCCAGCGCUCUCAGGAGGAAGAGGAGGACGAAUCCAGCACUACACCAAAGAAUGCAAGAGGGCAGAAGAAGUCUCGUUCGUCCUCCGGCAGCAGACGGCAGAAGUCCCGUUCGUCCUCCGGCAGCAGACAGAAGCAGAGCAGGAAGUCUUCAUCUAGCUCCUCAGACAGGGGGGCUCGAGAUAAGCGGAGGAAACCGAGUGUGCGAAACCCCAUUGACCUUGAGGUGGUGCUGGAGGCCUUUCAGGAUUGUGUUGAGCAGUACAAGGAAACGGUGGAUUCUAACACUGUCCAAAGGGCAAUAGAUCAUCUGUCCGAGUCUUUUGUGGCUCAAUUGACUGAGGCGAUCACUGCAACCAAGGAACUAACCUCAGUCAAAAAGAACAAUAUGAAGUUGAACAUUGCCAUGAACCGUACGCGUUCAAAGUUGGUCGACGCCAAAAAUGAGCUCAUACAGAGCGAGGGCAAACGGAGGGUGCUGGAGAAGGAGCAUCAGCAGCUGGAGCAGAGACUGACUGACCUGACCAAGGGCAUGACCUUCCUGAGCGGCCUGACUGACCUUCACACCAAGUACCUGACCUACUGCGAGGGCCACCCUGAAGAGCCACAAGUGUAUGGCCCCACCAGCUUGCCUGCGCUACUUCUGGAAGCCCGUUGCAUGCUGGGAGCUGAGCACCAGCUAAAGACCAUCAACACAAAGCUCCAGCAGGUGUUAGAUCAUGUUGACCAGGAGUGAGCUGUCCGAGGAUUCCAGGGUCAGCCGCUUCUACUGCACGAAUGUUCCACAGGCAACAGAUGUCCCUGUGUUCGUAUACAAAUGUCACUAAAUGUUGCAUUGUAACAAGGAUGAUCAUGUGUUAUGGCUUAUUUAUGUUCGCCUAUUUGUUUGUGAAACCUCUUACUUGUUGUAUAGAUAAGUGCUCCUCACCAAGUCAGUGUAUGUACUUUCUAAAAUAAGGCCAAUAAACAUAGUUGUGUGUGUACCAUUC